GGGAAACCGUAAUGAAUGAACGUGGAAGGAUUGUGAUGAUGAUGAUGGUGUAGAGAAAACUGCUUCUGCAAUCGCCAUUGAAAUUCUAUUGUUUCCCCAAGAAUCUAGAUGAGACAGAGAUUAGGGUUUUGUUGUUCUUCAAUUAACCCACAAUCAAAAAAUCCAAUUGCAAUUGAUGGUAAUACCAACAUGGUGGUAAGCGAGACACUCGAUCCGUUGCUUCAAUUCCAAGCUGCAAUUCUCGAAGAAACCCCAAUCUAUGGACAACGAAAGGAUUGCACAACACAACUUCGUUCUGUUUCAGUUCGUAUGUCCUUUUGAUUCCUUUUCUCAAUCUCCCAGAUCCAUAGCGAAAGAGGACUAGUUGUUCACGGGGUUUGUUAGGAUCGUACGUUUUCAAAUCUCUAUACUAUUUUUCAUUUCUCAAAAGAAUGAGGGAUCAUUUUGUGUUGCUGGUUGAUCGAUUGCUCACUGAAUCAACUCUUGAGGCUGCGAUUGAGACUGAACAUAGAUUGCAUAAUUGCACAAAUGAAGAAAUGGUUGCUGAUGUUUCUUCUCAUAGGAUGGAUCUCAGUUUCGAAUCAUCAGCCAAGAAAUUGGUGGAAUGCAGGAUUUGCCAUGAUGAAGAUGAAGAUUCGAACAUGGAGACACCAUGUUCAUGCUGUGGCAGCUUGAAGUACGCCCAUCGUAGAUGUGUUCAACGGUGGUGCAACGAGAAGGGAAACACUAUAUGUGAGAUUUGCCUCCAGCCGUUCAAUCCCGGUUAUACAUCACCACCUCCGUUGUUCCAUUGUGAUGGCAUUCCGAUGAAUUUCAGGGGAAACUGGGAGAUUUCCCAAAGGGAUCUCUACAAUUUGCGGUUUUCAGCAAUGGUUUCAGCUGGUCAUGAUGAACCCGACUUCGAUGAGUAUAUUACGCCUAGUUCAAGAAGCUUGAUGUGUUGUCGUGUAGUCGCUGUAAUUUUUAUUACUCUUCUCGUGUUGCGUCAUACUCUACCGAUCAUCAUCGAUGGCACCGGAGGAUACGCUGUUACAAUGUUCACGUUGAUCAUGUUAAGGUGCAUCGGCGUUAUGCUGCCAAUAUAUAUCAUGAUUAGAGCUUUUAGUGCCGUUCAACGCGGCCAGCAACUACCGGAUCAGCCGUACUUCUCGGAUGAAGAGAACGAUCUGCCACGAUCACUGUCUCAUCCAAGUCUCAUUCGUGCCCAAUGAUUUCCGUCAAGUGAAACGGACCUUGGAUACGUUGUCCGUAUGCAUCAUGGAGCUUCGUUGGGACUAGAAGAUUCCCGUUGGUGCAAAACUCCGAAACCUCGAGUAUCGUGUUUAUACGUUUAGAAGAUCGACGAGAUAGGUUGGUUAUCGGAGGGGGAUAGAGAGUGUGGAUGAUUUAUAUACGUAAUCCGGUAUCGUAUUUAAAUCAACUAAGGAGUAUGAAUAUACUUUGG